AUGGAUAAACAUAGACCAAUAAAACUUGUUUUGCAAAAUAUUGUCCAUAGUACUAUUCUAGUUUUUAAAAUUGUAGAUCAAUAUAAGUCUAAUGAAGAAGUAACUAAAAUGAAAAAUGAAUAUAAGAAAUUUAUUUAUUCUCUAUUACUUGAUGAUAAUAUUAAAGAUUCUUUGAUUUAUGAUUUAGAAAUAAACUGGAUAUGUGAUAAGUGGCAUCAAAGUUUUAUUAAUGAAAGACAAGAACCACACAUGUAUGAUUUACCUAGAAUAAAGCCAAUGACUAAUAAUUCAACAGAAAGAAUGAAUAAAACUAUAGAAUUAUGA